ACGUGAAGCUGUUUAUGGACGUGAAGCUGUUUAUGGAGAUAGAGCUGCAAAGUAAGCCAUAUAAUGGAGUUGACCCUACCCGUACGAGAAAAUAUGUGGUGAGAUAAGAUGCAGAGAGAGAAAGAGAAGCAUAUGGUGUUGAUUCACGGCGGCGGCCAUGGUGCGUGGUGUUGGUAUAAGGUCGCUGCAUUGCUGCAAUCGAGUGGACACCGUGUGACAGCUCUGGACAUGGCUGCCUCCGGGAUCCAUCCGAAGCAGGCGGAGGAGCUGAAUUCAAUUUCAGAAUACUAUGAGCCUUUGAUGGAGUUUCUGGAGAGUUUGGAUGCUGAAGAGCGUGUUAUCCUGGUCGGUCAUAGCUUGGGUUGGAUCGGCAUGGCCUUAGCCAUGGAAAGCUUCCCCGAAAAGAUUGCAGCUGCGGUAUUUGUCAGUACCUUGAUGCCUUCUCCCUAUCUAAGCUUGUUCACUCUUUCUCAGGAGUCCCGGGCUCGUCGAAGAUCGGAAUCUAAGUAUGACAACAACAGCAGUCAACCGGAAAAAUCAAUUAAAUUCUCGCCUGAAUUCUUAGCAUCCAAUUUAUACCAACUCUCUCCACCUGAGCAGGAUUUGGCCUUGGCAUUGUCACUGUUGAGACCCACUCGCAUUUUUGGUGAUGAAGAAAUGUCGGAAGAGAAUGCUAGACUGACAGAAGAGAAGUAUGGAAGUGUGAAGAGGGUGUAUAUAAUGUGCGAGCAAGACAACCUAUUCAAACCUGAGGUUCAGCUCUCAAUGAUUGAACGAAGCCCUCCAAAUGAUGUCAAAGUGAUUGCUGGAGCUGAUCACAUGCCCAUGUUCUCUAAACCACAAGAGUUUUUCUCUCACCUUCAAGAGAUCGCCAACACCUAUUACUAGAAAUUGAAUAUUUUUGUUGCUUUUAAUUGCGAACUAUGUGUGAAGAGUAAACACUGGAAAACAAAAUAGAUCUUCCUUAAUAAGUCAAAGAGCCUGCAUUUUAUGGGAUUGGAAUUUUGUUCCUAGGGCUUCAUUUGUGUAUCAUAAUGGAACAUCAGAGUGUAUAAUUACUAUAUGUUUGUAGGGUCUCCUCGAUCAUUUGAGUAGCUUUCCUUUUAGUUAUUUCAGAGGUGAUAAUUUCUUUGGAGUGUCCCAUAAGAAGAGGUCUCCUCAAUCACUUGAGCAGCUUCCCUCUUAGUUAUAUAAAGUCAUUAUGGGUCAUUAAUGCAGUUUGUAUUCUUCAAUGCUGUAAUUAGUAGUUUAUUGAAGGUAUGAUUUGUUUGUAAACUUACUAAGUAUUUUGAAUGUUCACGUUCGGUCAAGGCUUGUGCGUCAUGUGGGCUAUUAU